AUGCCCGUCUAUUUUCCUCGACUAGUACUGUUCAUCUCAGCUGUCCCUAUGACAAGGCGACGCCCCGACACCGCCAGCCAACCGGAAAUACUUGGAAGCACGUCGAAGCUUCCGGCUAUCUACAUACCUCGCUAUCUAAUAUCUUUCAUUCUUCACUCUCUUAUUAUAUUGAUUAAUUUGAUAAUCUAUCUAUCUAUCUAUCUAUCUAUCUAUCUAUCUAUCUAUCUAUCUAUCUCUGCUUGUGUAUAUAAAUAUCAGCCUGUUUAUUAUCUAUCAAUCUAUCUAUAUGUAUCUAUAUAUUUAAACUUAUUUAUAAAUAUGUAUAUCUGUCCUUAUCUAUCUAUCUAUCUAUCUAUCUAUCUAUCUAUCUAUCUAUCUAUCUAUCUAUCUAUCUCUGCUUGCGUAUAUAAAUAUCAGCCUGUUUAUUAUCUAUCAAUCUAUCUAUAUGUAUCUAUAUAUUUAAACUUAUUUAUAAAUAUGUAUAUCUGUCCUUAUCUAUCUAUCUAUCUAUCUAUCUAUCUAUCUAUCUAUCUAUCAAUCUCUGCUUGCGUAUAUAAAUAUCAGCCUGUUUAUUAUCUAUCAAUCUAUCUAUAUGUAUCUAUAUAUUUAAACUUAUUUAUAAAUAUGUAUAUCUAUCUAUCUAUCUAUCUAUCUAUCUAUCUAUCUAUCUAUCUAUCUCUGCUUAAUUACCGAAAAGUUCUGAUUCAAACCACUUUCCUUCAAUCAGUUUUCUAUCUAUCUAUCUAUCUAUCUAUCUAUCUAUCUAUCUAUCUAUCUCAGUCUGUUUAUACUCAUAUCAGCCUGUUCGUCACCUAUCUAUCUACUGAUCUAUGA